UUUGUCCUUCCAUGUAUAGACGGCGGUUUAUCCGUGUCGCUUUUUGCAAUCGUUUCAUGACUUCAGUAUUCUUAAAUAAGAAUUAGUUGCCUUUUUGAAGUUAUCAAGAAAUGGGAAGACAUCGGCGAUAUAAACCAAAAAAAAAUUUUGCUGAAAAGCGGAGAGAAAAGCUUACGAAAAAAGAUGAUUGGGAUCGAGAACCUCAUCGUUCAUAUUCAGAAAUUAUCAGAGAAAACAAAGAUUUUGAAUCAUAUUACAGAGCUCAAAAAAUAGUUUCUGAUCAUGAGUGGAAUUCUUUUAUUCAAAUUAUGAAAGAAGAUCUCCCUACUGCUUUUCGUAUCACUGGAUCUACGACAGAAACUAAAACAUUACUAAAGAUAAUUCAAGGUGACUUUUUUAACGAAAUUGUUAAUACAGAUUGUUCUAAUGAUACAAACAAUGUCAGUAUAGAUAUACAACCACAUUGUUUACCUUUUUAUCCCCAAGGAUUGGGCUGGCAACUACAAAUAAGUAGAAAAAAUAUAAGGCGGUCAGAACAUUUUUUCAAAUUGCAUAAUUUCUUAAUAGCUGAGACUAAUGGUGGAAAUAUUAGUCGACAAGAAGUUGUUAGUAUGGUGCCACCACUAGUGCUUGAUGUGAAACCUUGGCAUAAGGUUCUUGAUAUGUGUGCGGCACCUGGCUCCAAAACUGCUCAAUUAAUUGAAAUGAUACAUGCUAAUGAAAGAAUCCCCAUUCCAGAAGGGUUUGUAAUAGCCAACGACUUAGAUAACAAUCGUUGUUACAUGCUAGUUCACCAAGCUAAGCGGCUGAAUAGUCCUAAUAUUUUGAUAACUAAUCAUGAUGCUUCGGUUAUGCCAAACUUUACAGUUUCAAAAUCUGAUGGAGACACUGAAAUAUUAAAGUAUGAUAGUAUUUUAGCGGACUUCCCAUGCAUUUUAAUUUUUACUAUGCGGAAAAACCCAGACAUUUGGAGUAAAUGGAAUCCAGCUAACGGAAAUAAUCUUCAUGGAAUUCAAUAUAGGAUAGCUAAACGAGGAAUUGAGAUGCUGGCGGUUGGUGGAAAAAUGGUGUACUCUACAUGUUCCUUAAAUCCUAUUGAAAACGAAGCAGUUUUGCAUAGACUUAUUUCUGAAGCUGAUGGUUCUGUUGAGUUAGAAGACUGCAAGGACUUAGUUCCUGGGCUUAUUCAUAAUCCUGGUGUAACACAUUGGUUACCAGCUGCAAAAAAUUUGCAAUAUUUCCAUUGUUGGGAAGAUGUUCCGGAAGAGUUAAAAACACAAAUUCGUCCAAAAAUGUUUCCUCCAGCAAAAAAAGAUUCUGCAAAAUAUAACUUGGAUAAAUGUAUGAGAAUACUUCCUCAUCACCAGAAUACUGGAGGAUUUUUUGUUGCUGUUUUAAAAAAAUUGAAACUUUUACCAUGGGAAAAUAAUGCUCAAAUUGAAAAUUCUGUUCGUGAACAAUCAGAGUUAUAUCCAAUAAAGGAAAUUGCGGAUGGUCCCGUGAAAGAAGAGAAAAAAAAAAAUUUUGGAGAUACUUCGGGUGUUCAUGAACCUCAAAGAAAACGAAAAAAGCUCUCAGGUUAUAGAGAAGAUCCAUUCAUUUUUUUUAAUGAUGAAAAUGAAGACGUAUGGCCAUCCAUUAGAGAAUUUUACAGUAUAUCAGAUAAGUUACAUCCUCAGUGUCUCUUAGUACGAUGUCGUGAAGGAAAAAGAAAAAAUAUUUAUUUAACAUCGCCACAAAUACGUGAUAUUAUAAUUAACAAUGAAGAUCAUAUUAAAAUGAUAAAUACUGGUGUGAAGACUUUUGUCAGAUGUGAUAACAAAAACAUGCAGUGUGCUUUCAGAUUAGCUCAGGAGGGUUUGAAGAGCAUAAUUCAUUAUGUUGGGGAACAUCGAAAAAUCCAAGUUUCAAGAGAUGAUAUAAUUAUGCUUUUACAAAAUAUCAAUAAUAAUUAUCCACCUGAAAUCACUAAGCUUGCAGUAGAAACUCAAGAGAAAUUAAAAAGUUUAGUGCCAGGAAGUUGUAUUCUUAUAUAUGAAGAAAAUAAUGUUGAGAAGAUACAUCAUUUGAAAUUCGAAAUAGUUGGAUGGCGUGGAACUAUUUCGUUAAGAGUAUAUAUUCCAGUUUGUGAUACAAUUCAUUACCUACGCCUUUUAGAAGAAGACUUUUCAAUGUUUGAAAAAAACAAGUUUCAGUUAAAUCGCAACGAAGAAACGAAAAAAUCAGAGGAAAAGAAUUCUUAAUUUCGUGAACUAUUCCUGAAAAUGAGGAGUACUACUACAAAUAAUAAAGGAUAAAAAAAUCGUAAAACGAAUUACUGCAAACGUUAUAGUACAACACAACAGAAAAAAAAUUCUGGGUGAA